AGCGCGUGAGCAUUUAUUUUACUCACAGAUCGAUUCUUCGGUCAAGUUGUGCUUUACUUUCAACGGCUCCAUCGUCUCUGAUGUUACAACACCAACAGAAGUUACCGAACUAACUUCCUUCUUGCAACCGUCAUCAACAUCUGUAACCGCCGAAUCCAUAAAACUAGUGCUGCUUUUCACGCAGGGCGGAGCUUUGUAGUGACAUAGGGAGCCGCGGCGGACCGAAAAUAAAAUAUAGCCGUUUCUCUCUCUCCCUUUUCUGUCAGAUUACGAAUCACGAAUUGCUCAUCUGCUAGCUACGGGCCUGCGGCCGCUUCUGCCUGACUGCCUCCGUGGCGGUGGCCGUUCGUCGCUCUUGCCUCUCUGUUCGCCUCUCUAUUUUGUUUGAAUAUUUUUAUGUCGGCCACCCCAAACUUAUCAGCCAAGCUCCGCCACUGAUAGAGAGAGUACGGCAUAAUACCCUAAUCUAUCAAACAAUCCUCAGUGUUCACUUUUUAUUGACUAGACUAAGAGAACAACAUUCAUGUUCACCAAUGACCAAAGGCAACAAGAGCGAACAGGAAGAUAUGGAACUCCUAGGUUGCAAUACCUUCAGGAAUUGGUGACUCAGUUUCAGAUCGCAUCUGAGGAUGAGACAAAAGAGAAGAUUUUGGCAAAUUUGGCCAACUUCGCCUAUGAUCCUUACAAUUUUAACUUCUUGCGCCAGCUUAAUGUUUUGGAACUUUUCCUUGACUGUAUAACUGAACCCAAUGAAAAGCUUAUAGAAUUUGGUGUUGGAGGGAUCUGCAAUGGCUGUGUUGAUCCAGCCAAUGCUGCAAUUAUAGCUGGAGUUGGUGGAAUUCCUCUUAUCAUUCAAUGUUUAUCAAGCCCAGUUAGGAACACUGUAAAUUAUGCACUUGGGGCACUUUAUUAUGUCUGUAAUGAAUCUAACAAGAAAGAGGUUUUAAAGCCUGAAGUUGUUGAUGUCAUCAAGAGGUAUGCAACAGCUGAAGAAGUUAGUGUGAGCUUCAGUAAUCUGGCUAGAGCUUUUCUAGACAAACAUCUAUCAGGGAACUAGUAUGUGAGACGGUCCAUAAUUCCAUUAUAUUUCUUGUGUGGAAUGUGGCCACUGCAUGCAAUUGAAAGUUUUUCAUUUCCUGAUUCUUCUUUGUAAGGUUACCUUUUAAUUAUUCUGAAUUAGUUAAAACAACACCUUGCUUUGGUUUGGCACUCGUU